UCAUUUUGCAUCAUCAUACCAAAAAAUCACUCUCUUCUUCAUCUCUCUCCCUUUUCCUUCUAAACCUUUUGUUCUUUUUAAUUUUCACUUUUUCCAAACCCCAAAACCCCUUCUUAAUUUCUCAAAGAUAAAACAGUGUCAUCUCAUCACUCAUCACCAAACUUGAAUGAAUUCAUGGAGAGUGAGUAUAUAUCCUUAUCUCAUGCUACUACUUUCUCUCUAAUCUCUAAACCUAACCCUAUAGCAUAAAAAGCUAACCUUGUCCCUUUUUCUUUUAACACAUUUUUCUCCUUAAAUUAUUCUCUUAUUAUACACAUAAAAAAUCUUUUCUUCACCAUAGAUGUUAGAGCCAUGGACAUAACCUUAACCCCAACACCAACACCUACACCAGCACCAACAUCAACAACAUCAAUAGCACCAACCAUAUUAACAGCAUCUACAACAACCUUAACUAAAUCACCAGAACAACAACAUGAAACUGAAACACCCACAACAAAAUUCACAACCUCAACAACCCCAAAAAUCUCACCUUUUUCAAAUGGUGUUCUCAAACGUUUCCACCACCACCACCACCACUUCAACCACCACAACAACCAUCAACCUACCAUAACCUACAAAGAAUGUCUCAAAAACCAUGCAGCAAACCUAGGUGGUCAUGCCCUAGAUGGCUGUGGUGAAUUCAUGACAUCACCAACAGCAACACCAACCGACCCAACAUCCUUAAAAUGUGCUGCUUGUGGCUGCCACCGUAACUUCCACCGCCGUGAACCAGAAGAGCCACCACUCACAACCACUCAUGUCAUUGAAUAUCAACCUCACCACCGUCAUCAACCACUUCCACCACCACCGUUCUCUCACCGGAGCCCAAAUUCCUCUUCACCACCACCGAUCUCAUCUUCCUACUACCCCUCCGCCCCUCACAUGCUUCUUGCUCUCUCCGCCGCCUUACCGGAAAACGUUGCAGCUCCAAACCAAACCAUGUUGAUGAAUUCUCACUCUAACAAUUCAAGAAAGCGUUUCAGGACAAAGUUUACACAAGAUCAGAAGGAUAAGAUGCUGAAAUUUGCUGAGAAAGUUGGGUGGAAGAUGCAGAAAAAAGAUGAUGAAUUUGUUCAUGAGUUUUGUAAUGAAAUUGGUGUUGAUCGUAGUGUUCUUAAGGUUUGGAUGCAUAACAACAAGAACACUUUAGCUAAACGAGAAAACAUUAACACUAACAAUGAUAUUAAUGAUGGUGUUAAGAGUUUUCAGCUACCUCUUGAAGAUGAAGAACACAAGAAUAAUGUUGAGAUUCAUGGUCUUAAUCACAAUCAUUAUCAGAAUGAAGGUGGAGUUGUUGGAGUAACUGUUCGUGCUAAUGGUUCAUCAUCUUCUUCUUAAUCUUUAAUUAAUGUAAUAAAUAAAGUAAUUAGAUAGAUUUAAGUACUAUGUAACUUGGUUAAUUAAUUAGCUUUUUUUUUAUUUUUUUAUUUUAGUUUAAUCAGUUUUAUGCUAUGAGAUAUUAUGAAUUAUGAAUGAGGAAUUAUGAUCACCUUUGUUAACAUUUUUA